GUAGCCCCCACAUUCCAUAAAUCGCUCACGCGCGGGGCCGGGGGAGACCGCCCCACGCCAAAAUGGCGGCGCCCAUGUUGGGUGCGUUUCUUCGCUUCCAGUUUGGGCCCGUGUGGGGGUCUGGGCUUUAGUCAUGAACCUCCUCCAGACUCUCCGGCUUUGGGACCAUGUACCGAACUCAAUAAAGAUUAAUCUUUCUCCGCUUAAUUCAUUUACGGUCAUAAUCUGGUACAAGGAGCUUGAGAAGUAGAGAUUUUAAGGAAGUGCUUGGUGGUCGCCACGCCCUUGUCAACUCUUGGAAUCUAGGAUCGCUUUGCCGCCUGAGCAGUAAAUUAGGGUAGUAUUUAGUUUCACAAUGUUUGGGGACCUGUUUGAAGAGGAUUAUUCCAAUGUGUCAGAUAAUCAGUAUGGAAAAGGGAAGAAAUUAAAGACUAAACCUCUGGAGCCACCUGCUCCUAGAAAAUUCACCAACUUAAGUGGAAUCAGAAAUCAGGGUGGAACCUGUUACCUCAAUUCCCUUCUUCAAACUCUUCAUUUUACACCCGAAUUCAGAGAAGCUUUAUUUUCUCUUGGCCCGGAAGAACUUGGUUCAUUAGAGGAUAAGGAUAAACCUGAUGCAAAGGUUCGAAUCAUACCUUUACAGUUACAACGGUUGUUUGCCCAGCUUCUGCUCUUAGACCAGGAAGCUGCGUCCACCGUAGACCUCACGGACAGCUUCGGGUGGACCGGCCAUGAGGAAAUGAGGCAACAUGAUGUGCAGGAACUGAAUCGAAUUCUCUUUAGUGCUUUGGAAACUUCCUUAGUUGGAACCUCCGGCCAUGACCUCAUCAGUCGUCUCUAUCAUGGAACCAUUGUUAACCAGAUUGUUUGUAAAGAAUGUAAGAAUGUCAGUGAAAAGCAGGAAGACUUCUUAGAUCUAACUGUAGCGGUAAAAAAUGUAUCAGGUUUGGAAGACGCCCUCUGGAGCAUGUAUGUAGAAGAGGAAGUCUUUGACUGUGACAACUUAUACCGGUGUGGAGCGUGCAGCGGGCUGGUGAGAGCAGUAAAGUCAGCCAAAUUGCGAAAGCUGCCGCCCUUUCUUACUGUUUCUUUAUUAAGAUUUAAUUUUGAUUUUGUGAAGUGUGAACGAUACAAAGAAACUAGCUGUUACACGUUUCCUCUCCGGAUCAAUCUCAAGCCUUUUUGUGAACAGAGUGAAUUGGAUGACUUGGAGUAUAUGUAUGAUCUCUUCUCAGUUAUUAUACAUAAAGGUGGUUGCUAUGGAGGACAUUAUCAUGUGUAUAUUAAAGAUGUCGAUCAUUUGGGAAAUUGGCAGUUUCAACAAGAAGAAAUUAAGCCAGAUGUGAAUUUGAAAGAUCUUCAAAAGGAAGAAGAGAGUGAUGAUCCAUUGAUGAUUGUAAAAGCAAUCUUAUUACAGGAGGAGGGUAAUGGAAUUCCUGUGGAUCAGCUGGGCCAGAGACUCUUGAAAAAGAUAGGAAUAUCUUGGAACAAAAAGUACAGAAAACAGUAUGGACCCCUGCGAAAGUUCUUACAGCUUCAUUCUCAGAUAUUUCUACUCAGUUCAGAUGAAAGUAUGGUUAGUCUAUUGAAGAACUGUUCUCUUCAGGCUGAGUCUGAUUUCCAAAAAGAUGAUCAACAAAUUUUCAAGAUACUUACUCCAGAAUCCCCAGGACUUAAUAAUAGCACCUCCUGUCCCCACUGGUUUGAUAUAAAUGAUUCCAAAGUCCAACCAAUCAAGGAAAAGGAUAUUGAGCAGCAAUUUCAGGGUAAAGAAAGUGCCUACAUGUUGUUUUAUCGGAAAUCCCAGAUGCAGAGACCCCCUGAAGCUCAGGCUAAUCCAAGAUACAGGGUUCCGUGUCAUUUGCUGAAUGAAAUGGAUGCAGCCAACAUGGAACUGCAAGCAAAAAGGGCAGAAUGUGAUUCUACAAACAAUAAUUUUGAAUUACAUCUCCACCUGGGCCCUCAAUAUCAUUUCUUCAAUGGGGCUCUGCACCCAAUAGUCUCUCAGACAGAGAGCAUGUGGAAUUUGACCUUCGAUAAAAGAAAAACUUUAGGAGAUCUUCGACAAUCCAUAUUUCAGCUGUUAGAAUUUUGGGAAGGAGAUAUGGUUCUUAGUGUGGCAAAGUUUGUACCAGCGGGACUUCACAUUUACCAGACACUUGAUGGAGAUGACCUGGCAUUGUGUGAAAUUGAAAUUACUGAUGGGGAAGACAUCUUUGUAUGGAAUGGGAUGGAGGUUGGAGGAAUCCAGAUUCCAACUGGUAGUGACUGUGAACCUCUGCUUCUGAAUGUUCUUCACAUGGCAACAGGCAGUGAAGGAGACAAGUGUCAGCACUUGGUAGAAUCCCCACAUGUCUUCCCGUCUAAUGCGCAAGUGAGCACGGUGUUCACAGCCUUAGCUCUCCCAGGAGGUGUCAUCUUGAUCAGCAGUGCUGAGUCUGCAGGUGAGGACAGCUGGACUGCCAUUCCCAGGGGAGACUUGAAGAAGACAUUCAGAGAGCAAGGUCUCAGAAACGGAAGCUCACUUUUAAUCCAGGAUCCUAGAAAUGGGGAUAACAGUUUAUUGACCAGACAAGGGAAGUGGAUCACUAGUAUGAAUGAGAUUGACUGGCUCCAAGUUAAAAAUUUGUGUGAAUUAGAAUCUGAAGAGAAGCAAGUUAAAAUAUCGGCAACUCUUAACACAGUGGUCUUUGAUAUUCGAAUUAAAGCCAUAAAGGAAUUAAAGUUAAUGAAGGAACUAGCUGAGAAUAGCUGUUUAAGACCUAUUGAUAGAAAUGGGAAGCUUCUUUGUCCAGUGCCAGACAGUUAUACUUUGAAGGAAGCAGAGCUGAAAAUGGGGAGUUCCUUGGGACUCUGCUUUGGGAAGGCACCAACUUCUUCUCAGCUGUUCCUGUUUUUUGCUGUGGGAAGUGAUGUUCAGCCUGGGACAGAGAUGGAGAUUAUAGUAGAAGAAACAAUAUCUGUGAAAGAGUGUUUAACGAUAAUGCUGGAGAAAUCUGGCCUACCAGGCGACACAUGGCAUUUACGAAAAAUGGAUUGGUGCUAUGAAGCGGGGGAGGCUUUAUGUGAAGAAGAUGCAACCCUGAAAGAGCUUAUGAUAUGUUCUGGAGAUACUUUGCUUUUAAUUGAAGGAAAACUUCCUCCACUGGGUUUCCUGGAGGUGCCCGUCUGGUGGUACCAGCCUCGGGGGGUGAGUCACGGAAAGAGUCAUCAGGACCGGGUGAACUGCACCCCUUCUCAAGGUGGGGUCUGGAGAGCCGCCAGCCAAGGUGCUCCAGGUGACGUGCACACCGAAGCUGCCCUCCACUACUUGGGAGACGUUGAAAUCUCAGAAGAUGCCACCUUGGUGGAGCUGAAAUCUCAGGCCAUGGCCUUGCCCUCCUUCUCGGAGCCCAGCAUCCCAUCCCCAGGCUUCCUCAGAGCGUGGACAGUGGAAGGUCAGCGCCCCGGCAGGCUUUUACGGACUGACCUGCAGCAGCUCAGGGAAUAUAAACUGGGAAGGAGAACUGAGAUCUGCUUAGAGCCCCUUCAGAGAGAAGAACACUUGGGGCCCCAGGAUGUGCUGCUGAGGACACAGAUGCGCCUCCCUGGCAAGAGGGCAUAUGGCCCGUCCCUCGACUUCGUGUGGGACGCCACCCGGGGCUGGACUGCCAGCUCCCUGAGGCAGCGUGUGGCCGAGUUCUAUUCUCUUCCCGUGGAGAGGAUUGAAAUCGCCAAAUAUUUCCCUGAGAAGUUUGAGUGGCUUCCAAUAUCUCGCUGGAACCAGCAACUUACCAAGAGGAAAAAAAAGAAAAAGCAAGAUAAUUUGCAGGGGGCACCUUACUACUUGAAGGAUGGAGAUACUAUUGGUAUUAAGAAUCUCCUGGUUGAAGAGGAUGAUGAUUUCAGUACAGCCAGAGACGACAUUGGGAAAGAAAAGCAGAAACAGCUCGCUCUGAGCAAAAAGAAAAGCCGAGAAGCCCUUAGUGCGCAGAGCAGCGACGUCCUCCCGGGUGCAGACACACCUCCCCGGCCUCGCGGGCCAGAGGCCUCUCUUUCCAUCCACGUCGGAAGUUUCAGAUAGCGUGGGCAGCUGCUGGCGUCCCUGUGCGCAGGGCUCCCAAGGUGGUGCACGUCCUGAAGCAGCUGACGUCCCGGGGCCUGGUGGGGCCAGGGGGCCAGUGGGAGCAGGGACUCUGCACUCCUGCUGCAGUGUGCGCCGUGGUUCCAUGAGAGCAGGUCUGUUGGGUUUCCUGCCAGUGGACUCCAAAUCCUCGGCUUCCUCACGAGCAGAGGGCCAUUUUCUUCUCAGGCCAGGCAGAUGGCACGUUAUCACUCGGCUUCACAGCAGCUCCCCCUGGGGCUUGCACACACUUGCAGGUGUCUGGCAGGUGCCAAUCAGAUUUUGCCCACAUUUGACCCCAGCCUCUGUUUUUAUAAGAUUUACUUGUUUUGUAUUAACUGCAGGCGUAGACAAGUGGCACAUUGCUAACCUCUCACAAAUCUGCCAGUUAAAAUGCACACGUCCAUUCUCUGCUCUUGCAUUGUUCACAUGACUUUUGGUAUCUGCACCGGAUGAGGGUCGGACAGCCCAUCUCACACUGGUGGACUGGCUGGGCUUCUGCUGUGACGGAAUGGGCCGUGCCCCGCACAGCACAUCUCGCCUCCGUCUGAGUUAGAACUGAAUCUAAGGUGUUAGCUCUCUUUCCAGAAGGACGACACAGAUGGGACAUCCUCUAAGUUAGCAUCUGCUGCUCAAUGGGGGAGCCCCGGUGUGGCUGUCGGUGGCUGCUCAGUACCUCUAAGGUAUCACCUGACCUGUGGGGAGGUGGGGUGCUCCAGAACAUUCUGAGGUGCUGCUGUCUGCAGACGCCAGAGCCCCUCAUCUGGAAGCCUGGCAGGGAGGCCAAGUCAUGGCAGACAGGCCUGGCGCAGCUUUGUUGACAGUUGAGAGUAGCCUUGCCUAAAACAGGAGGAAAAGGAAAUGUGGAGUAAAGGUCUUCUCUAGCUCAGCGUGGCUCUGUCGGAUUUCAGAGACUGAAUUGGCACUAAAGACAAUACAGCAUCUGUGUCAGUGAACCAGCUGGUUAGGACGCUAGUUCACUUUCUCAGACUCUAACCUAGCUGAAGGCAGGGUUCCUGAGAAGAGAGAAUAAAUUCUUCACUUUCUUACCUCAAAUGAGAUGCUUGCUAAUACGGCUACCAUCUUAAUUCCGCACAAUUCCUCACAAGCCCUUUCUUUUCCCACUGAUGGUGAAACAGCACUCAAGUGUUAGGAAGGAAAGAAGGCGCAGGUGCGGACGAGCGUGUCCGAGUGGCCCCACGCCUCUCCCCCCUCCUCUGCUCCCCUCCUGCACAUCCAAACCUCCCUUAGAAACUUGAAUCUCUUCUGUGUGUGUGUCUGUCUGUCGGGUCCCAAAUGAGGUGUUCGUGUGCAUUGUGAAGCAGUUGUUCUGUAGGAAGUUGGACGGUGGUGCCUGCUCUCAGGCUCGGAAACACUAAGUCCGUCUCAGGACGCUCACAUGGCGGCUCCGACAUCCUCGCAGCUGCCCCCCACUUGCUCUGAGCCCCAAACCAUGAACAUGGGGCUGACUGGCGGGACGCUCAGCCCUUCCGUGCGGCUCCUCUCCUCUGUCCCUGUCCUGUAGCUGACACGCCUUGCUGUGUGCCCCGUCCUUUCGUUUUUAGGUCAUAAAGUGUUGGUGUAAACACUGGAAAGCUUUUGUGAGAUGCCAAAGGCCUCCGUGGCGCUACAAGACAGCAGGUGCCUCGUGGGGCCCUGCGGCCCUUGGGAGGGUCUCUGCUCAUAGGCCUCCUGCCUUCCAUCUGUCCACUAAUUCAGGGGUGCCAUGGGGCUCCAGGGAGAGAGCUGUAAGAUUCUGUUAAGGAAAAAAUAAACCAUCACAGCUGUA